CCAUGAGGGUGGCGGGACACGACUGUGCCAGGCCUGCCCAGGGUAUGGGGGGUGUCCUGGCUCCAGUUCUGGAGGUGGAUUUUACAGCCCUGUGUUUCAUAUGGGAGACAAAUCUGGGACUCACCCUGACACUUGGGUGUAAACCGGUCUGGGUUCUGAUGUAGCUUUGUGACCUUGGGCCACCAUCGUAACCUCUGUGCCUCGGUUUCCCCACCUCAAACUUGGGGGCGACAAUACUAGUCUCUGACCCUUCUAGAACACUCUGUGUGCCAGGCACCUCUUCUUAGCACAUACAGAUGUCCUCUGGCUCAGGAUGGGGGGCCUCAUGCCAUUGUCACAUGGAGCCUGGUGCGCAGUGGGGGACCCAUGCUGUUUUGCCCCUCCCCCCGACCCUGUGAUGUAGCCAUCAGCCUUAUUUUAUGAAGGAGGAAGCUGGGGCGCAGGAAAUGAGUCGCCAUGGUCACCUGGGAUAGAACUUGGUGCAGCUGUGUGGUGUGAGGCAGGGGUGCUCAGCUGCAGCAGCCGGGACUCAAGCCUGAGCAGCGAUAGUGGAAGCUAAGUUAGUACUUAUUUGGGGCCACUUGGUGACAUCUGUUUGCACCCCCUUGUGACUCAUAGACCCUUGGUCUCUAGGGACAUUUCACUCUAUCCCUGCUUUACCUACUUUACUCAGAGUUUACUAGGUCUCUCUCUCUUUUUAAAGAUUUAUUUAUGCAUACAAGAGCUGGGGUGUGGCUCUGGGGUACACAGUAGGCAGGUUGAAGUACACUGCUGAGGGAGCAGUGGGCAGGGCAGGAGAGGUCGCCCUCUGGGUCAGCUCCCUGGCCGCAGCCCUAUAAGCUGCUUUCACCGGUUGGAGCACCAGGGAGGGCCCCAGUUUACCAGAUCUCUAAGCCCUUCUCCCUCUCCUCAACUCACUCCCCUCCCUGUAAACCUUUGCUUUGGCCCAUCCAUCAGUCUCACUUUGGAUGACUCCUCCAACCCCUGGCUUUUCAUUUGACCAGGCCACUCUGCCCACAGCCUCCUGGCCAAAUGUAGACCACACAGGUGCUCAGUGGCCAAGGAGAGCCCUCCGAGGCGCUGACCCUGCAUACCGAACCCACUCUCUGGCUUGAAUGACCCCGCUCCCCAGCUUCUACCCAGUCAUCUUCACUUCAGCCAUGUUCUUGACAGAAUCCGCCAUGCCCUCUGUGGAAGACUCUGAAGGCUGAAAGCUUGUUGCUCCCAUGUAAAGCAAGUCUUGAAGUAGCUCUCUCCUUAUCAACACCCCUUCGAUGGUGCUGCCCAGGCAAUGCAGGAAAUCAUGAAAUUGAAACCAGCCCCGAAAUGCAUCCCACCCUGUGGUAAGGUCACCAUUCCAACCCGAGGGUUGCAGGGGAGUAGGGAGGUGGUCGAGUGGCACCCAGGGAUACCCAGUGGGAAGGUAAGGGUGGGCCUCUUAAAUCCUGAGAGACCAGUGAAAGCCCUAGAGAAGACUAAACCAGGCCCUGGCCCACCACCAGGUGGAUGCCAGUGCCAAAGCAAAGUAAUUGGACCCUGGCCUGUGCGAGAGACUUGGGAGGGCUCCUGCCCCCGGCUGGGGAGGGCAGCCGGCCCAGCGUGCGCCCCCACAGGCCUCCAGGAGCAGAUCCGGUAUUACAGCUGCCAGGAGUGCACCCCCCUCACCUGCAACCUCCCGCUGGACUGCCCAGUGCAGGAUGUGACGGUGAUUCGGGGUCGCCAGGCCCGGUUCUCGUGCACCGUCAACUUCACGCUGCCCCACAAGGACGUCACCUAUAUCUGGAAGUUCGCGGAAGGGGUCCGGACGCAGCAGCAGAUGUACUUCCGGGACUUGGAGCACAGCGGAGGCAGCGUGGCGCGGAUCCGGCCGGCGCUGCCUUCGCACCGCGGAACCUUCAGUUGCUCGAUCUUUGACGACGAGCUCCUGCUGGCGCGCGUCUACUUCUACCUGAACGUGACGGGCCCGGGCUCGCGCGACCAGACGGAUCUACAGAUCACCUUCCGCGAGGUGCUCAACUGGUCGUCGCAGCCGGACCGUGAGUUGCCGGAGCCCUGGAACCCGAGCCUGCUCGAGCUGCUGACCAGGCCCGACGCCCUGACGCCCGACAACUGGUGGCUGCUGGUGGCCAUCGCCGCCUUGCAGUCAGCGAGCCUGACCCUGCUGGGGUGGGUGGUCUGGGAGUGGUACAUCAGCGGCACCUGACACAGGGCAGCCUGCGUUCCCCCCCACCACCACCGCCCGCCCCCCACCCCAGCCUCAAGUAAAGGCGCCUGUCGGCUGUAGCUUCUGCGUCUCUGCCGCUGGCUGUGCUGGCUCGGGAGGGCCCCCUGCCGGCGCCAGGACGCCGCCCACGGGGACAAGGUCAGCCAGGGCUGCGCAAGCCCCUCCAGGUUCCCGGCAGGCUCCGGCAUUCGCGCCUGCAGCAGACACCCUCACCCCAAAGCUUGUUGCUGUGCGCCCGCCUGCUGUCUCCAGGCACCGCCCUCCGCCGCCCAAAACUUCUAGGGGCUCCCAAAUGCAGUUCUUGUCACGUAGUUCUCGCCAAGGCCCCCCAAGUCCUUGAGGUUGUGGCGCUCGCCGACCUCAGCCAACCUCAUCCCCUGCCCCGCCUCCCCUGGACCUGUCCACCCUUGUUCUUCUGGCCUGUGCUCACCCCUGCUAUUGUCAUGUUUCUUCUCGCCUUCCCGCAGCGGGCCGGGGUGCCUGCUCCUUCCUGCCUAGGGCAGUUUUUUGAUGUCCUGGUCCCCCCGCCAGCUUUCUGCAAAGAUCCAGCCUGUCUCUGAGCUUUUGCACAGGUUGUUCAAACGUGAAGUUUACACUCUGACCCUCAGGGAGCCACCUCCCUCUUGGGCCCCAACUCGGAGUUACUUCCUGCCCCCCUCUUUGGACAUCCCGGAUGGGCACCCAGACCUAAUAUCAGCUUGUGUUCUUUUUUUUUUUUUUUUGAAUGCUUACAACAGGGUG